GAAUACUUUUCCUCAAUGAUGAUGGAUGCUACUACUCAGAUCUGACAAUCAUAUUUGAUUUCUGGGUGGGAAAUCAAAAGAACUCCGAUUCGAUUCAAUUCGGUGUUUGAAAUCGAAAUCGAAAUCGAGAAUCAAUGGACGAUUUUUCAGACCUGUUGACCAAAAGGCCUCAGGGAAAGUCAGCUCCGAUGGCACCUCAAACAAAGGCCAAGUCUUCCGAUUCGUCUUCGUGGGUAUUUGACGAUCUGAGUCGCGAUGGUGGUGGUGAUGAUCUCCUCUUCAAGUCUAAGCCAUCAUCUAUGCCAGUUUAUGACAAGCCUGUAUACGACGAUGAGGAUGUGUUUGAAGCGAUCCCUGAGCUCACAACUUCUCAAUCAGCUAGGUUUGAUGAGAAUAUCUCUUCGAUCCUGUCACCUUCAAGACAUCAAAGUUCUCCCUUGGAUGAUCUGAUUGGAAGAGGAAACUCCACCGGCUCCUCUGCUUCUGCUUUUGAUGACUUGAUUCCUGGUUUUGGUCGCGCUUCCUCCCCUCAAACUAAACGGCCUACUUCAGAGACUACUAGUCAAUCUCAGACCCCUCCUCCAUACCGGACAACUUCUUCCAAUUUUGUGGAAGACCCCUUUGUAGUCUUACAGGAGGACUCUGCAUCAGCAACCCCUAAACAAGAGUUCAUUGAUCCAUUGGAUGAAAUUGGUAAAUUCAACACCAGAAAAACUGAUGAUCAUUCCCACGGUGGAGGAGGAGUAUUUGUUGAUAUUGACCCUCUGGAUAGUCUUGUGAAUGGUAGAGACAAAACUCACUUGAGGUCAGAACAACACGUCAGUGGCUUUCAGUCACCAGUAAAAAGUUCUGGGAGUUACCAUGCUAAGAAUGUUUCUUUUGAUGAAGUUUUGGAGCCGCAUAAUGCAAGUUUUGACUCAUCUGAUGAUGUCUGGCUUACUGUUUCUGAGAUCCCCCUCUUUACCCAACCUACCACUGCUCCUCCACCUUCCAGACCUCCCCCACCCAGACCUACACGUCCUAUGAAAAAUAAGGUAAACGAGCACGUUCGUAGCCCAGCUAGAGCUUCUGCAGCAACUCCAAUGGAUGAACUCGACGAUUUUGCUUCUGGCAGAUUUCAGACUGCUCCCAAUGAGCAGCCUCUCUAUGGUAGUGGUGGUGGUGAUGAUUCAGAUGUUUUCUCUUCUGCUUCUGCAUCUGCAUCUGCUGCUGCCAUGAAGGAUGCUAUGGACAAAGCUGAAGCCAAGUUUAGGCAUGCUAAGGAAAGGAGAGAGAAAGACAAUCUCAAGGCAAGUAGAAACAGAGAAGGCGUUGAUCCAGUGGACAACUCUGAUUCUCGGGAAAGAGAAAAUCAAGCUCGAUUGGAUCGUGAAAGGGAGGCAGAGAUGGAAAGGGAGAGAGAAAGAGAAAGGGAGAGAGAGCAGAAAAGAAUUGAGAGAGAAAGGGAACGACUGCUGGCUAGACAGGCGGUUGAGAGGGCCACUAGGGAAGCACGCGAAAGAGCUGCCACUGAGGCACGUGCCAAAGCUCAAAGAGCUGCUGUCGAAAAGGCUUCUUCUGAUGCCCGAGAACGUGCAGAAAGAGCUGCAGUUCAGAGAGCGCAUGCUGAAGCACGUGAAAGGGCAGCUACUGGGGCAAGGGAAAGGGCUGAGAGGGCUGCAGCUGAAGCGCGGGAGAAGCAAGCGGCAAAUGCUGAAGCAAAGGUUAGGUCUGAACGAGCUGCUGUUGAAAAGGCAGCUGCUGAGGCACGAGCUAGAGCAGCUGCGCAAGCUAAAGCUAAGCAGCAAGAAGACAAUAACAAUGAUCUUGACUCUUUCUUUAACUCGGUUUCCAGACCAAGUAGUGCUCCACGACAGAGAACCAACCCUCCGGUGGAUCCUUUCCAAGAUUCAUGGAACAGGGGAGGGUCUUACGAAUCUAGCAGGGCCUCUUCGCGAGCGCCUUCUGGAGCAUCAGAGAACCUGAGGAAGACCUCUUCGGCUACAAACAUUGUGGAUGAUCUCAGUUCAAUAUUUGGAGCUUCAGCAGCAACCCAAUCCGGUGGGUUUCAAGAUAUUGAAGGAGAAACUGAAGAGAGACGGCGUGCCCGGCUGGAACGCCACCAGAGAACACAGGAGCGAGCUGCGAAAGCGCUUGCUGAGAAAAAUGAUCGUGAUCUUCAAGUACAAAGAGAACAAGCUGAGAAAAAUAGGAUUGGUGAGACCUUGGAUGUUGAGAUAAAACGUUGGGGUGCGGGGAAGGAAGCAAACUUACGUGCCUUGCUUUCCACGCUACAAUAUGUUCUUUGGCCAGAAUGCGGUUGGCAGCCUGUUUCACUGACCGAUCUAAUUACAGCUGCUUCUGUCAAGAAGUUUUACAGGAAGGCCACUCUCUGUAUACACCCUGACAAAGUACAGCAAAAAGGCGCUAAUCUCCAGCAGAAAUACAUUGCGGAGAAAGUGUUCGACAUGCUCAAGGAAGCAUGGAACAAGUUCAACUCCGAAGAACUCUUUUGAACUGGAUUAUGUUUUGAGUUAGUGUCAUUUUGUGUGUCGCCAAAAAGAUGAAGCAAGUUCAUUCAUUAAAAUGCCAAAAACGUGGUGCCAAAGUUGGAUUACCCAAAUAUUGCAUCAUUGUAGCCAUUGCAGCAAUUGGGCAGUCUUAUUUUUUGUUGUUAAUUUUGUUCCCUCUCACUUUCACUAUCCAGGUCUUUGUAAGACUACGAUGGAAAAUUUGUUGAUGUUGAUUUCUUGUAUCAGAGUACAAUAUUUAUACAUAUAUAAAUGUUUAUUGAGGUUUGACACA